AAAAUAAAAUAAAAUUGAAAGUGUGUGUGUGUUUUGUUUUUGCUAGCUAGCUCCAUGGUAUCUUCUUCAAUGAAUGUUCUUCUUCUUCUUAUUGUGUUGACUAUAAACUUGGCUACAGUGACUGUGGCUAGGUCCGGUGGACUGAGCUGGGAGGUCUUAUCGGAACAAGAAGCCGAUCGGGUUGUGAGACUUCCCGGGCAGCCUCCGGUGAGUUUCAAGCAAUAUGCAGGAUAUGUUACAGUCAAUCAAACUCAUGGAAGAGCACUAUUCUAUUGGUUUUUCGAAGCCAUGGAAAAACCCGAAAAGAAACCUCUCCUUCUGUGGCUCAAUGGAGGCCCAGGAUGCUCAUCAAUUGGAUAUGGUGAGGCAGAGGAGUUAGGCCCGUUCUUCCCUCAGAAAGGCCAACCAGAGCUUAAAUUCAACAACUACACGUGGAAUAGAGUGGCCAACUUGUUGUUUGUGGAGUCCCCUGUUGGUGUUGGAUUUUCUUAUACAAACACCAGUAGUGAUAUCAAGCAACUAGGUGACAGUAUUACAGCCAAGGAUUCAUACAUAUUUCUAGUAAACUGGUUUAAAAGGUUCCCCCAAUACAAGUCCCAUGACUUCUACAUUUCCGGAGAAAGCUAUGCAGGGCAUUAUGUCCCGCAGCUAUCAGAAUAUAUUUUCGACAGUAAUAAGAAUGUUUCCAAGGAAGAUUACAUAAACCUGAAGGGUUUCAUGGUCGGGAAUGCACUGUUAGAUGACGAAACAGAUCAGACGGGGAUGAUCGAUUACGCUUGGGACCACGCUGUGAUAUCGGAUCGAGUGUAUAAGGAUGUAAAGAGCAAAUGCAACUUCAGCGAAGAAAAUCCAUCUGAUGACUGCAAUAACGCCUUGAAUGAGUAUUUUGCUGUUUACGACAUCAUAGACAUGUACAGCUUGUAUACGGCAACCUGUGUCGAUAGCAACUUCAGCAGCACUAGACAACUUCGUCCCAUCAUCCAAGGCAUUGCUCCCCAAUUAUUUUCCAAAAUUAAUGGUUGGCACAAGAGACCAACAGGUUAUGACCCCUGUGCAUCAGACUACACUGAGGUAUACAUGAAUAGACCAGACGUUCAAGAAGCACUCCAUGCAAAUGUCACCAAUAUUCCCUACCCAUGGACUCACUGCAGUGAUAAUAUCACAUUUUGGGGUGAUGCACCAGCCUCCAUUCUUCCAAUUAUCAAAAAGCUUAUAGCGGGAGGCCUCCGAGUAUGGGUAUACAGUGGAGAUACGGAUGGAAGAAUUCCGGUGACGUCGACAAGAUUAACGUUGAACAAGCUUGGAUUGAACACCACUGAAGAAUGGUCGCCUUGGUACACUAAACACAAACAGGUUGGAGGGUGGACAAUAAUGUACGAUGGGCUGAUGUUUGUCACGGUGAGAGGAGCAGGACAUGAAGUUCCAAGUUUUAAGCCCUGGAAAGCCCUUCAACUAAUUAGCCACUUCUUGGCCAAUAAAAAAUUGCCAUCUGCACCAUUUUAGUAUUGCAAAUAAUUUUAGUUUUUUUUUGAGCCUCCCAUUUACAUGAAGAAAGCAAUUUAUCUCUUCAUUUACAAGUGAGAUUCGAGAGGAACAAUUUGAUUUUAUUUCAAGUAACAAUAAAUGUAGUGAAAUGAAGGCAUCAAAUUUGAUGUGAUCAAAUAUCAAGUAGUUUUGGCUCAA